AUGAUCCGGAGUGCAAUUGGGGCAUUCGAUGCCAUCCUCGGAACGGCCGGGGUGAAUGGGUUAUCCGGCAGGCUGGCGGGGAGACAGCUGCUGGUGCGCAGGAUAACCACCAGGAGCCCGCAAGGCCCCGUCCCCUGGCACGACAGGAUGGCUGUCGCUUCGAACACCCGGCAGCUCUGGACGCGUCGGCUCGAGAGACCUAAGCGGUUCACCAGCCAGGCAUGUCGGGUGCCGUCCGGGCGCGCGGCCCCGAGGAGGCCGUUCCACUCCACCAAGACGCGCAGGUCUGCGGAGGGCGCGAAGGAGAAGGAGCCCGAACCGAACUCGCUGAGCGCGAGGCUGAAGAAGCUGUCCCGCGAGUACGGGUGGGCCGCCGUUGGCGUGUACCUGACCUUGAGCGUCCUGGACUUCCCGUUCUGCUUUUUGCUCGUGCGGACCCUGGGGACAGAGAGGAUAGCUGUGGCGGAGGACUUCGUGGUCUCAAAUGUUAACAAGGUCAUCCCGGAGCGCGCCAAGGCGAUGUGGCACGAGUACCGUAACCCCGCUAAGGAGACGGAGAACGAGGUGGUGGGCGAGGCCGAGGUCGCCCAGGGCCUCGAGACGGCUGGCUGGGGCGUCAAGGAGGCGGACGAGCGGAACAAGGUAGAGCCAAGUCUCGCCACGCAGCUUGCCCUGGCCUACGCCAUCCACAAGAGCUUCAUCUUCCUUCGCGUCCCCCUGACUGCAGCAAUAACACCCAAGGUGGUCAAGGUGCUCAGAUCUUGGGGCUGGCAGAUUGGCAAGAGGCGACCCAAGGCUUGA